CGAGAGGACGGUGAAUGAAGUGAAUGAGGCGAGGACGAGGGCUGAUUGAUGAAUAGCAUCUUCAUCUAUCUAUCUAUCUUUCUUUACACUUCGCCGUCGUUGCGCCUCUUCUCUGCCUGCCCUACCUAUCCCGUCCCGUCCCCCAUCCUCCCUCUUUCAAAGGUUGUGGGGCAGAAGACAAAAGCACCCAGCAUAAAAAACGACGAGAAGAGAAAACUAG